GCUCGCUAAUUGCACCUCAUAUGCGGCGGCUACAGCCACACCAAAUCCCCUCCCCGAUGCCCUGGCGUCAAUCAGAAGGUCUAGUUCCGCGACGGCGCAACAAAGAAAGGGUGGCAGACCCGGCGGAUCGGGCACCACUGGGCCAGAUUCAAGGUGAGCGUGACCGGAGGCCAAUAGCUUCCCCUUGGCCCCAGACCCGGCUCCAGUCUCAAUCUGGGGGGGGCCACCUGCGGGAUGAACGUGUAUCCAAUCGGUGCUGUGGCUUCACAGAGAGCUGCUUUUAGAAAUGCAGGAGCCGGCCAGUUCGGGAUUGAUAGGGCUGCCAAGCUGUUUCUUUUCGUUGGAUCAGCACCUCAGCCUCACCGUCAAAGACACGAGCUGCGGCGGGUCACCGGCAAGAUAUCGUUGGCCUCCGGGCUCUCAAAGG